AACGCUAUAAAACGCGGUGGCGCGGCGGGCAGCUCAGAGCGUGCGGCGAGACGGAGCCCUCCUCUUCAUCCUCCUCCUCCUCCUCACCCUCUGCUGCCGCCGCCCCGGCAGCCGCGCAGCGGAGCAGGGCUCACUGCCCCAGCACCGCUCCGCUCCGCGCCCGCCCAGCCAGACCCACCGACGGACUCGCGGCUCCGUGGCGGCCAUGGAGCACCGCGGCGCCUCCCCGCUCCUCCUCGCCCUCGCCCUCCUCAGCGCCCUCUGCUGGCGGGCGCGGGCGCUGCCCCCGCGGGGCGCCGCCUUCCCUCCCGUCCCGCGAUUGGGAAACAGAAUGCCAUUUGAUGGAGCCAGUGAACCUGACCAUGCCCGUGGGUCAUUAAAGUCAGAAUCAGAUAUUUUGCAGAACACACUACCUGAAAAUGAGAAAUUCUAUUUUGAUCUCUCCAGAAUUAUUGAUAGAAAUGCAAGGCAUGCUGAUGGAAUUUUCACCAGUGUCUACAGCCAUCUUUUGGCUAAACUUGCUGUGAAGAGAUAUCUGCAUUCGCUUAUUAGAAAACGAGUUAGCUCCCAGGACAGUCCUGUCAAACGCCACUCUGAUGCUGUCUUCACUGACAACUACAGCCGCUUUCGAAAGCAGAUGGCUGUGAAGAAAUACUUAAACUCAGUUUUAACUGGAAAAAGAAGCCAGGAAGAGCUAAAUCCUGCUAAACUUCGAGAUGAAGCAGAACAUCUUGAACCAUCCUUUUCAGAAAACUACGAUGCUGUAGAUGAGCUGCUGAGCCACCUCCCACUGGACCUCUGAAGGACACCUGGUAAAGUCUAUGACAAGAACAAGCUAUUUUUGAGUUCCACAUAGUAUUUCAAAGAGAUGACUUUAGUCAUCAAACCAGAACAAAUAUGUUGUGAAGUGAAAGUUGUGAUAUAUUUGUUUCUUACGUAAUAAAAGUUGAUAUUUACAUUGUAAAUAUUACUCUAGCAUUCCCUACUGAAAGCUGUACAUAUGGAUGCCAGUUUAACUCAUGAGAAGUCUGUGAGUCCAUAUGCUGUAAAUCUUUACUUCAAUAAAUUCAUUUGAAAAUGAGUGUGCAGCUGAAAAGAGCCCAUCAUGACUAAUUAAUUGGCUUAUUUUAGGUGUGUUACAACUUCAGACAAAUGUAAUAGUAAGGAAACAUUUCUAGAUAGCCUCAUAAAGAACAUGCAACAUGAGGGGAAGAAUGUCCAAAGUGUGUAAAACUGCUUUAAAAGAUUGCUGAAGGUUAUUGCCCAGCAAAAGUGAAUGCUUUUCUAGCAGUUUACCAGGCAAUUAGAAAAAAAUUAAUAGGAAUUAAAAAUGUUUUGACCUCCAGUAGUACCUUUACUUCUGGUUCACAUUUUAAAAUUGCACAACAUAUAAAUUAUGCUAAAACCAGAAAUAUCUCCUUUAUUUUCAGUUGUGUUUCAGAUGCUCUAGAGCUGACAAAGCACUUAAAAGAUUGCAAUCUCUUGACUUGUUUGAUGCCUAAAGUCAUCAGUUAUUCUAUAUUUAAUUGUCUGUAGCUUUGAUGAUAAAACUAUUGCUUAUAUAUAAAAUAGACCUGAAGACAGUUUACUAUUUUUUCAGAAUGAAUGUAAUUUACAGAAUAUGCAGACAAUAAAUCAUUUUAUUAUCAUGGCAA